CCGGCGACAUGGCCGCGCGGUUAUGAGUCUGCAUUGUAGGAAAUUGGGGCAAAUACGUGGGUACGAGUCCCGCUCUUGUUAUUUGUGUUUUUCUGCCCAUAUACACAACAUUUAGUGAAUGAAUAUCUCGGCCAGUCAGUGGUCGUUAAUAUCUAUUCUAUGAUACUUAAAAAUGCCUCGGUCCUCUGACCUCGGCUGCCGGCCCUAAUUUGAGGGGAAGACAGCUUCUCCGCAUCCCCCGUCCACUACUAGUAACCACAUCAAGCCUCUGUGUCUCUUUAAUAAUUAGUAGUGGUAUUAUGCUUGCUCUUCCUUCUAAUUGGACUCUUAUUCUACUUUCAAUGUUGCCAUCACUAUACCACAACGAGUCUACAUAUAACGACCCUUUUUCUUCCCAACAACACAUUACAGAUUCAUCCCGCACCUUAUAUAACUAUAGAAACCACAGUACAACAUUGAAAUAUCAAACAUGUCUUUAGAGACGCCACUCUCCAAGCUUCUAAACAUCCAGCAUCCCAUCCUUCUGGCCGGCAUGGCCAGGGCCUCUGGAGCCGCUCUCGCAGCAGCAGUCUCCAACGCCGGUGGUCUAGGGUGCAUUGGCGGACUCGGAUACACACCCGCACAACUAGACGAGAUGCUCACCGAGCUCAAAUCCCUACUGCGACACCCCAGCCUCCCAUUCGGCGUGGACCUUGCCCUCCCGCAGGUCGGCGGCGGUGCGCGCGCAACCAACCACGACUACACCCACGGCCAUCUCGACGAACUGAUUGAAAUCACCAUCCGCCACGGCGCAAAGCUGUUUAUCUCAGCGGUGGGUGUCCCCCCGGAGCACACCAUCAAGCGUCUUCAUGAGGCCGGCAUCCUGGUUAUGAAUAUGGUUGGCGCCCCCAAGCAUGCCGAGAAAGCGCUGAAGCGUGGCGUGGAUAUUGUUUGUGCCCAAGGUGGUGAGGGCGGCGGCCAUACUGGUGAUGUGCCGUUCUCUGUGCUGGUUCCUGCUGUCGUGGAUGUGGUGCAAAAGUACAAGAGCCCGCUGACAGGCCAGACGCCUUUGGUGGUUGCGGCUGGUGGCGUGAAUGAUGGCCGGAGUCUGGCUGCUUCGUUGAUGCUCGGUGCAUCCGGGGUAUGGGUUGGGACGCGGUUCGUUGCAACGACAGAGAGCGGGGCGAGUCAGUUACACAAGGAAGCUGUGGUUUCUGCCGGGUUUGGAGAGACGAUUCGCACGCUUGUUAUUUCUGGGCGGCCGCUUCGGGUGCUUCCCAACGACUAUAUCAAGCAAUGGGAGAAGCGGCCAGAGGAGAUUCUGAGCUUGACAGAAAAGGGCGUUGUCCCGAUGAUGGAUGAUAUUGAAAAGGAUAGAGAAGAUGUCGAUUUCCCAUUCCUUAUGGGUAGUGUUUCUGCUGUUGUGAAAAAAAUCCAGCCCGCCGGGGAAGUUGUGGAGGAGAUGGUUAGGGAUGCUGUCCAGGCCUUGCAGCGAGGUCAGACGUUCGUCAAAGUAGGGUCGAGUAAAUUAUGAUCAUUCGAUGUAGAUUGAUUGGCCGUUUAUCUAUGACUCACUCUGAUUUAUUUCUGAAAAUACCUGUAUCUAAGUACAUAAAUGGAUAUAUCACUUCGACCCACUUCAAGAG